AUGCAUCUAUUCCUUCCGUUCCUCGCCGGUUUUGUCGGUGUCGCCACUGCAGACUUCUUGAUCUACACGUUCGAAGACAGCAACUUUACGGGUGAACUUUACUUGGGGUGGAAGUUCUUCGAUGGCCCCCCGGACUGCAACGCUAUCUGUGACACAUCCAACCUCGGUGGAACGGACGACGCAAGUGACGGUGGCGUUCGUUGUGAGGGUAAUGGUAAUUGUCUCCGUAAGAGCUCAGAGGACAAAGGGUUCGACAUGGAGGCCGCGGAUGGCAGUGGCUCUCAGGGCGUGUGUACGCCUGAUACCUCGGACGAUUACGAUUGCGCCAGCUGUGGUAGCCGUUCAGUAGGCCGUCGCGUCUUCACUUGCAAGAGCGAUUUCACGGCGAAGGACUUCGGCUUGGAGACCAAAUGA